AUGAGUCGCUCCUUGCGCCCGUCUGCGGCCCAGCCGCCGCGCCCAGACCUCCCCAGAACUCCGGAGCCCUCAACUGUUACAGACCCCGCCGCCUCUACUUCAUUACUGCCUCAGACGCCCGCCAGGCCGCGAUUUCGCCUCCGCAAACGAACCGCGUCGAAUCUCAUAGCGCCAACAAAGCAGUUCCUCGCCUCCGUCGCGGCUGCGGAUGUUCCCAUCCCAAGCAUCGAGGAGCCAGGCGUGCUUGACGAAGACAUGAUUGACUCCGCCUACCCUACCAUGUCCGACCAUAUCGAAAAUAUCGAUCUCUACCGUUCAGCGCGACAAGCCUUUGCUGACCGCGCUUUCUCGCCACCCAAGACACCGGCACCUGGCGUAGUGCCCCUCCUCGAGCCCUAUCAAUUCCCUGACUGGUCGCUCGACAGCGGCCUCAGCAGCCUAGAAUCCAGUCCAGACUACGAAUCCAGCCGCCCCUCUACCGCACGAUCGACACAGACGAGCUCCUCGCUCUUUAGCAGAUACUCGAUAGCAUCAGAGGACCUCAGCCAAUGCGUCAGUCCCGAGUUCGAAUGUACUGAUCGCUUUGGCAGCUUUCUCUCCGUCGAUGACGCGCGUCGUGCCGCCGCCGCCAAACCCCGUACAACCUCCAUAAGAACUAGAAAAGCACCCUGGACUAGAUCCAUGAGCCAACACCUGUGGGCAACCUACAUGAUUUAUUUGCAAGACCCCAAGGUAACGCCGUUCCGCAUUGGCAAGAGCGGCAUCCCGCCUCACGGCGUGUGUGUCAGAGUCGCACGCGAGGCGAAGCGAAGCUGGCGACGACCUCAUCAGCCCCAAAGGAGCCGCAAUACAACGCCGACUGCGGAGUCGCUCCGUCCUGCUUCACAGUGGCCUCAUACCUGCGCUGCGACGCGCGUUCAUCUCCGUGAGCUUUGCAAAACCAGCACUGGCUCGGCGGCACGCAACAGCCGCUACAAUGCCAACAGCCCAACACCGUUUGGCAGGACCGCCAACCGGUAUUGGAAUAGACGCUCUGCGCCACCAAGGCAGCGAUCCGUUUUUUCCGGCUCCGAAAUGGCCAUGUCUUUAAGCAUGAGCACAAGCGAGUCCAUGCAGCCGCAUGGGCCCUUGGCAAGACUCGGCGCAUUGCGAUACGAGCCAGACUCUGCCGCCGUGCCACCCCCCCUCCUUACGGAACCGACACCUAUCGGCGAAGAACGCCCAGUUUUGGGCUCGCCCUUCGUCGCUAAGAGCUGCGGCCCCAGUGUCUCAAUGUCGCUCGCAGACCCGUUAGGGCCCUCGGACGCGCCCAUGCGCCAAAACCAGACCGCUGGCGCCCGCAAUAAGAGUCUGGGAUCGCCGGCCAGGCUGGUCGAAAGCCGACCGAGCUCGCAGAAGCGGCGCCAAGCGGUGUUGGAACCGCGUCGGCGCAAGCGCCCGAGCCUCGGGACCGACUUUUGGACGGACCCGUCGAACGGGGGCCACGGCAGCUUGCAGAGCACGCGGUCCUUUGGCGAGUUCCGCUCGGGGUCGGCGCGCGAUCGUGAGGCCGGCCUCUUGGCGCCGUGCACCAACCUCCAGCAGCUGUUCGACUCCGCGGCGCGGCGUCCCGCAGCGCCGCUCCCCGGCCCCAUCACCGCGCAGCCUGCGCUCUGGGACGGCCCUCGGCGGCUAGGCUCGCCGUUCGUCGUGACUGGCGCAAGCCAGUCGGUUCCCAACCGCUUUUCCAGCCCAGGCCGCAUUGAGAUGUCCGCUCGUCGACCCUACGCGACGGUCCAGCAAGGCGGUGCGGCCGCGGCCGCUGAGAGUAGUGCGAACAACGCGUCGCUGGCUAACCGCCUGGCAUACGUUGACGAUUGUCUGCGGUCGAUCAACCGCCGCCCUGAGGAGGGACGUCGCCGCUCCCAGUCGCCGCAGUGA